AGCGGCAGGCAGCUUUCGCCGAAAGGGCUCGGGCUGGUUGGUCGGGACUCCUAACAAGUCCCGCAGAAACUUCAGAGGGGCAAAGUCCACGCUGAGUGAGAGGGAGACAGGGGGGAAGUUAAUGUGUGAGAGCGUGCUGGGAACCAAAUCACAUGUCAUUUUAAAGAAAUGCUCCAAAGAUGGCGGUGGUAAUCGAGACGGGAGUUUCAGGUGCCUCCGGAGUGCAAAAAAGUGGAUUUGUGGAGGUUUUGGUGCGGGAGCGGUGGCACAAAGUUUUGGUCAACUUAAACGAGGAAGCGCUUACGUUAAGCUGCGAGGAGGGCUGCGUAAACGACAACGGGGACGACAAUGUCAACUCCAACGGGGUUACCAACGGAUCCUACCUGGACAACAAUAACACCAACUCCAACAACGGCCCCCAAACUGUGCGCACCGCGUUCACGGACCUGCCGGAGCGAGUGCCCGAGGCGAUCGCCAACAGAAAGCGGUGCGUCAAGCUGACCAAGCAGGAGAUAGGGGGACUGGGGAUCAGCAUCAAGGGCGGGAAGGAGAAUAAAAUGCCCAUUCUCAUCAGUAAGAUAUUCAAAGGGCUCGCAGCGGAUCAGACCCAGGCUCUGUACGUGGGGGACGCCAUCCUGUCCGUGAACGGCAUGAACCUGCGGGACGCGACCCACGACGAGGCUGUGCAGGCGCUGAAACGGGCCGGGAGAGAGGUGACACUGGAAGUGAAGUACAUGCGUGAGGCCACGCCGUACGUCAAAAAGGGCUCCCCUGUGUCGGAGAUCGGCUGGGAAACCCCCCCUCCUGAGUCUCCUCGCCUCGGCAGCCACUCCCUCACCUCCUGCUCCCCCUUCGACCCCCCAAGCUCUCCCACCCAGCCUUCACUGUCCCUGCAGGGCGACAGGAGGUGCAUACCACUCAGGAUGUGUUGUGUAACCCGAGCCAUGACCACACCUGACCCAGAGAACAGACAGCUGGAGCUGCACUCCCCUGACGCCCGGCACACCGUGGUGCUUCGCUGCCCCGACCAACCCUCGGCCCUGAGCUGGUUCUCCGCCAUGCACUCUGUCACCUCCACUCUGUCACAGCGGGCGCUGGCAGAGGUCAUCCAGAACACAGCCAGGACCGGGGUGGCUGGCAGCCGAGAGAUACGACACCUGGGCUGGCUGGCAGGGAAGACGGAGAGCGAGAAGCAGAGCUGGAAGCCGGUGCUGGUGGUGGUGACAGAGAAAGACCUGCUGCUGUACGAGAGCUUACCGCGAGGCAAGGAGGCCUGGCAGAGCCCUGCUCACACCUACCCACUGUUAGCAACACGUUUGGUCCACUCUGGUCCUGACCGGGGGUCGCCGCACUCUGGCACCGAGUUGUUCUUCGCCACUCGGACUGGCACACGGCUCGGUAUCGAGACUCACCUGUUCCGGGCCGAGACCACCAAGGAUCUGUCCCUGUGGACCAGACAAAUAGUCAACGGAUGUCACGCCUCAGCCGAGAUGAUCAAAGAGGUCACGACAAGUUGUCUGUACCAGAGUCAGGAGUGCCGGCUGGUGAUUCACUAUGAGCAGGGCUUCUCUGUGCUGGCUGACCCCUCACUGGGGGAGGGGGGGGACGGGGAGGAGAGAGGAGCCCACACACCUACCAGGCCCCGGGUGCUCCUCUCCUACCCCUACGAGAAACUAAAAAUGUCCUCAGAUGAUGGAGUUCGCUUGCUCUUUCUUGACUUUGGAGGAAAGGAGGGAGCGAUACAGCUGGAUCUCCACUCAUGUCCGAAGCCGAUGGUCUUCAUCCUCCACUCCUUCCUCUCUGCUAAGAUCUCCCGCCUGGGUCUGGUGGCCUGACCCCUCUGAAGGGACAUCUCCUUGGAAAACAGAAAUCUACCUUGUUUCUCCACCUCUCUGCAGCCUGCAUGCAGUUGAUCACCACAUCAAACUCCUUCAGUCGGGGACCCAAGCUGAAUGAAUGUAACUUCUAUCUGGAAAUGUAACUUUAUUUUGGAGUCCAUGUCAAUGAAACACUGGAGAAACCAAUCGAGGAUUUUUGGAGGGAAUUGGACAGAUUUCUUUUGGGGGGAAACCCCUUCCUUUAAGGGCUGCAUGGACUGGAGUGAUGACUGAAGAACCACAGAAGAAGACAUGGACUGAACUAGAAUCAAAGGGAUGAUAUAUACAGACAUUGGGCAUUACUGUCACGUGCAUCAUUGGAAGGACUGGACACGUGCAACAUGGUUGAGAUUAAUUAACUUUUAAUUCAAUCAAAAUGUAAUAUCAAACUGCCUUCCAUUAACCAAUUAUAUAAUGUAUUCACCAUUAGCUCUGAAAGCACAUUAUGACUUUCAUUCGGUCAUUUUUCUUCACCAAACAUUUGACACACUGGAAAAACUUCAUGCAUUCGUCUUUGUUAGUGUCCCCUGAAAUGUCUUGUUAGCUGUGUCAGCAUUCAUCAUUGGAACUGGCGGGCACAGUUUCCCACACAGUCUCCCACAAUGUGACAGCUGACUCAAAUUCAAAAUGUCACAUUAUUCUGUUAAUAUGUUAAUGUUAAUAUAGUUUGAUCUGACGGUGGUCUGAAGUCAGUUCUAAUGUAUUCAAUUAAUAAAAAGGAAGAUAAUUGGCUAUAGUUAAGAUUAAAUAUAAUAUAUGUAAGCAUUGAGAUCUUUGGCAAACACAUUUAAAACCGACAAUUUAAAGCAAUACUUUGAUCUUUUAGGGAAAUACACUUUUUCACUUUCUCGCAGAGAGUCAGAUGAGCUACAGCCAGUAACCGAUUAGCUUUGAUUGAAGGCACAGGAUUGAGAGGAUGAGUAGGAUUUGUCAUUUGCGGUUUGUAAACAUUCAAAUUGGCCCUCCUGCCGGGCUCAAAGAGGGGCUGUUGCUGCUUGCCAGAGGCUAAAAACAACCCCAGAUUCUCUCUUGUUUUAGAACCAGCUUUGUCAGCUUGGCAUUUCACCAACACAAUAAAAUAAGAAAUAGAAGCAGAGGGCAAAGUCAUGGCGACACCAACACCACCAAACAGUUUUAGUAGGUCAUAAUCGAUGAUUGAGAGGGAUUAUUUGUGUAUUAAUCUAUAUAUUGUUUUUAAGUCAAACUAUUCUCAAUAUGCCUUGAGUGGUAACAGAGGAAAACAGAUAGCUGGGUAAUUAGUGAGCUUUAGAGGUGCUGGUGGGUGGUUAUGUUACCUUUGAUCUUAUUUGCCUGUUAACUGAGAAACUGCAGUCAUGUGCUUCCUCCAAGCAAACAUCUGCCAUCAUACUUCUAAUAUUCCUAUUUAAAAAAUGUAUACUCAAUCAAACUGUGCCCCUUAUGCCCCUUAUCAGAUCAUCAAGUGUUAUUUGUCUUUUUAUAGCAAGGUGGCCAUGAUAGGAAUCUCAAUAAUUGUUUUAGCCAGUGCAGGGUUUUCUUUUUGUUUUCUUGUUUUGGGAUGUUAUGAAAUCUGUACACUGCACUGUCUGUGACAUGGCUGACUGCCGGGACAUUCCUCGUGCCAUUUUAAUUUGGAAAGAAAUUCAUUAUAGAGAUCACAGGAUUGAGCAACAAUGUGACUUCUAUUGUGGCUACUUUUAUGUUAUUCUGUACUUUUCUGUUUCUCUACUUUAUAUCAGCAUAUUUUCAAUAAUCAUUUACCCACAAACUGUGAACAAUGAUUUACAUAUUGUAAUCCCACCAGUCUGUAGAAGAAUAACCAUCUGUUUUGUUGCUAUUAAAAUAUAGGAAAAAGCAUUGUAACACUUUAGUUCAGCCACGAAGCCAGCACUUACUUAUAACCUCAAGUGGAGAGAAGCUCCUUGAGUAAAGGUUGCUUUGAUAUGUAGACUACUCUGAUGCCUUCGGCAGCUACUGUACUGUCACUCAGAAUGAUAAAGCCUAGUUUUUAAUUCAAAACGGUGCACAUAAAUCAUGUAUUUAACAAAAGUGA